AUGAUCGACGUUGCUGCGAGGCCCCUUCUGGUGCCAGUCACCAAAGUUCAUGCCAGGACGCUUCCUCUGGAAGUGUUCCAUCUUAUUUUAUCGUAUGUGGAAAUAGACGAUAUCAUCAAGUUGAUCUUAUCGCAUACUCCUCUCUAUUACCAACAGAUCAGAGAGGCGUUGGCUGCACGAGUGCUGGGAGCUAAACUUGUGGCUACCAAUCGAGUCUGGCUAGCCAGCUAUUUGGAGUCGUAUAAGAAGCAGAGUUCGUUUAUGGAUCGGCGCAAGGCUGAGUACUUGAGUGAACCUCGCAAUUUGCCUGUGAUCUUGCUGGCGGCGUCUCCGAGAGAUUACGUUACGGUGUCGUAUUAUGUGUCGAGUUUGAAGGACAUCCAUGGGUUCCUCAGGCUUGCAGAUGCCCUUCCGAAAUCGUUUGGUGUCAGGUACAAUGUUGAGUUGGAGUUCGAUUCAGGCAUGCUCCAUGUGAUCGACUUGCUGACCAUUUUGGCUGGCUGUGGUGAACUUUUUGGACAUUCUCUCAAAGUCCUCAUGGUUACCAACUACAACGGAGACCUCCAUCUCGAUAUGACCAAGUUCCUGCUGCUUGAGGCGCUUUGGCUCACAAACACGAAUGUGACGUUCUCGUCGUCAUUCGAGCUGAACCUUGCUCUCAAGAGAAUCGUAAUCCACCCCAACUACAACGGAGUAUCCGAUAACAACCCAGUGAUCAUCGACAAGUCAUUGCCUCCCAACCUAGUGCUGGUGCAUUUGGGCCAGUCAGUAGUGUUGGAUAGCUCGAACAAUUACGCGUUUCCUGAAAAUAUUGUCGACGUCACUAUCAUGACCGUCAGAGAUACCCUGAUGAAAUACUUGGGUAAGCUCUUUGAGGAUUGUUUGGUGCAAAGAAAUCUGUUAGUGUACGAGUCUGCGUUAGCAGAAUGUUCCGCUCAUGCGACGUAUAACCAUAUCCAGUGGCUCAUCAAGAAGGAGAAUGUACUCACCAAAUUGGCACUCACCUCCAUUAAGAACUUGGAAAAGACUUGGGAUUUUUCUGCCAAAACUUCCCUCAAGGAAUUCAAGCUUUCAAAAUGCGAUGUUCAGUCACUUGUCCUUCCUCCUGGUAUCACGCAUUUGGACGUGUCGAACAACAACAUCGAGAACAUAUCAGCUACAGUGUUCGCCAACAUUACUCCAGCACUUCUCGCCUUAAACAUCUCCGACAAUCCCAUCGAUUGGCGCCUGAUGCCAGAAAGCAUUGUUUUCCCUCCUAAUCUUAAGGAUCUCCGCAUGAACAACACCAACAUCGGCCGUCGCCUACUGUCAAUGUUUUUUCCUAGUCUGUUGGAGUACCUUUCGCUCGAAGUCAAUCAGAUUGAGCUGUUCGCUCAUUUCAUGGGCUUUUCGUCACGCCUGCUUGAACUUAAUUUCACCUGUAACCUUAUUGCUAAGCUAGAUUGUCCUUGGGUUCCCCCAGGAACUAAAACUGUCCGCUUAACGGAAAAUUUCCUCACUGGCCCAUUGGAACUUUCCACCGAUGUUCUAGGAAACGCCUCUUGCAUCGAGCAAGUCUACUUGGAUAACAACCGUCUUCUGACCCUAUCUGAUAUCAGACUUCCGAAUACCCUCCGCAUCUUAAAUCUCGACGAGUGCAGCAUCUCAAGGUUGGAAAACAUCCAAUUCCCCUCUUCAAUUGAAGAGUUGAGUAUCAACGGCACUAAUCUUAAGAGCAUAGUGAACGUGGGGUUUGGGUGCAACUCGAAACUUCGGGUUCUUAACUUGGCACAAAACAGAAUCAGUCAAAAAGAUGUUCUUCAGUUGCGGUUGCCUCAAUCGUUGGUGCAAUUAAACUUGAGCGGGAACACAAUUACCAGACUUCAUGGUAACGAGUUUGUUCAUUUGACCCGGUUAGAGUCGUUGAGUUUGUCUUGGAACAGUUUGAAGCAGGUGGAACUCCAAUUGAAUGGCCAACUCCAAAGCUUGGACUUGUCGUAUAAUAAAAUUCUGGAGCUCCAGUUGAGAUUCCUCGGCAAGAAGAUCACUCAGCUUGCUGAAGUCAAUCUUUCCAUGAAUGACCUUGAUCACUUGACACCAAACAUGAUCGGCCAUGGUGAUGGCACAAUCCACUCCAACCUCUUGGAAGUAGAUGUAACAGGCAACAAGGUAUCGAUGGAGGAAUCGUUGAAGGGGUUUCCUGAAUCGCUUAUCUGUUUGGUGGAAGGAAUCAGCGGAGUACAAGACCGAUAUGGAUACGACGUUGGAGCCAACGUGAUUGGAAACACCUAUUGCCAUGGUAAGCGCAUCGAUGUUCCAAGUCUUUGA